AUGGCAACGMAAGAACAAUUCCGGGACUAUGGCAAGCUCGUCGUGGAGCGGAUGAGUCUCCUCAAGACUGUUGUGCAGGCCAAAAGGAAGCACCGCGAGGCCGUGCAGGCAGUGAGGGACAUUGACGCGAAGAUGCACGCGAUCGAGACGUCGCAUUCGAAGAUUCCGCCGACCCGCAUGGCGGUUGGAGAACAAAGAGCUGAAGAGCACAGGACUGAGAAGCCUCCAGAGGCAGAGGACAGACCUCAAGAGGAUCCAACCCUACCAGACGGAGAUGAACAGCUGCCCAUAGCAGAACGGGUUUCCACAUCGCUCCAUCGAGGCCAAGCCGACACCACGACACCGAUGGCUGCUCGGCCUGGCCUCUGUGCAUAUACCGGUCCGCGACGUGAACCUAUCAGGUCACAUGAUCACAUUGAAGUAAAUGGCCAGGAACCGAAACUCAGCUCCGACUACACCAUGAUAGUGUGGCUUGAUGGUGGAUGGUUUGAGAUCUGGUGUCAUAUCUGCGGCGCCAAUGCUAGUAGCUGUGUAACCAGCCCAGACCACCUCCAGGAUAUUGCGGGCUUGACUACACACUUGGCCGCAAUGCAUGGCGGAUUCAACGUGGCAAACUCUGUCGCCAAGAAUUGGACUCGUGCAGACGCCCUCGCUACUUGUGGGAAGUAUUUCUUGGGCAAAGAAGAUCUACGGGCCUUGUGUAGGUGGGAACUCACCACAAACAAGGUCACUGCUUCUGGCCGACCGGUUCCCGAUGUGAAGAAGCGACACAACGCGCCUUUGCCGCCUCUGCCCGAUGUACCGUCACAGGUUCUCUCCUCUAGCACUAUGCGCGCUACUACUCCGAUCCUUGGCAAGCGUCAGAGAUUGGAAAACGACACCGGCCGUGACGGCGAGGACGAAGCCGACAAUAUGAACAUAGCAUCUAAAUCCAGCAUGGGCUGGGCUACGGCUGCCGUACGGACGAGCUCCGAGAAGAUACAAUACUACGAUGGAUCCGAAGAUGAUUUCUAG